ACCUGUCUACAGGGGAAAGCUUUGGUCCAGUGAGAAAACAUACAGACCAUGACUAAAACGUAUUUAUAGCCGUGAGAUGGGAGCAGCUGCGUGAAAUCCACUUGCCAAACCUCAAAUGACCCAUCAGGCAAUUCAAAAUGUCCAGGGACAGCGUGAAUGGGUUUCCCUGCAUUGUACUUUGGACAGGAGGGGCACGCAAGCUUUACUGCCCUGAUGGGGACCUCCAGUACCAUCAUGACAUAAAGUGGUGACAGCUGCCAUCCUUGUCUUUCUUCGGACUUCAAAGGGAAAUUUUUCAACUUUUCACCACUGUGCCUGCUCAAGACCCCACCUGUCGCCAGGAGGGGAACAUGGAGGAGGAAGGGGUGGCUCCAGAGCUGCUGACCACCUGGUCACAGGACCCGGUGACCUUCCAGGAAGUAGCGGUGGACUUCUCCCAGGAGGAGUGGGCCCUGCUGGCCCCCGCUCAGAAAAUCCUGUACCGAGACGUGAUGCUGGAGAACUACAGGAACCUGGCCUCCGUGGGGUAUCAUCUCCGUAAACCCAGCCUGCUCACCCAGGAGGAGCUGAGGACCAAGAAGAGGAGAAUUUUCCAAGACACCUGUGCAGACCAGAAUUCUCAGCUUAAAACCAAAGAGACCACUGCCAAGCAGAAUAAAGUUUGGGAAAAACCAUUUACCAGCAGGAAAGCGGCACCAACUCAACCUGGAGAGAAACCCCAUGAACAGAGUCUGUGUGGAAAAGCCAUCAGAAGGAAUCCUGACCUUAUUUUGCCCAAGAGGAAUUACACAGGAAUGAAACGCAGCGAACGUAAAGAACAUGGGAAAGCGUUUAGUUAUCCAUCAUCCCUUGGGAUCCACAUGCAAUCUCACGCUGGUGAGAAACCCUACGAAUGUUCUCAGUGUGGGAAAGCUUUCAGUCGCUGCUCGUCUCUUAGGACACACGAGCAAACUCACACUGGAGAGAAACCACGUAAGUGUACCCAGUGUGGGAAAUUCUUGAGAUCCGGCUCGAGCCUCGCCAUACACAAGAGGAUGCACACCUGGGAGAAACCAUACGAAUGCAGUGACUGUGGCAAGGCCUUCAUCAGGAGCAGUGACCUGACUAUGCAUAAGAGAGUACACACCGGGGAGAAACGCCAUGUGUGCAGUGACUGCAGCAAAACCUUUAGCAGGAAGUUCCAUCUGACGGUGCACAUGAGAACCCAUACUGGGGUGAAGCCCCGCCAAUUCAGUGACUGCGGAAAAGCCUUCGAUAGGAGUUGUAAAGCGACUGCCCACAAGAGGGUACACACAGGGGGGAAGAUGUAGCAGUGCAACGACUGUGGGGAACUUUCCAGUAGUCACUCAUCACAUAGGAAACAUGUGAGAACUCACAGUAAAGACAAGUGUAGGAGUGCAAGCAGGGAAAGCCUCAUCCAUCUCACAUGAGAGCAACUCUGUGAAUAUCUUCAGUAUGGGGAAGUCUUCUGCUGGGACUUAAACUACUGCACAAGGAAAUUCAGAGUGGCAGAGAAACCGUAUAAAUGUGAAGAAAGUGGGAUUGCUUUUAUCAGUGCCCUAUCCUGAGGUUGGAAAUCUAGCUCAUUAAUUUUCAGUCCGUGUUUUUGAAUAUAAGCAUUUAAGGCCAUAGAUAUCCCUCUAACUACCCCAUUUGGCUAUAUUACAUGAGUUUUGAGCUAAGGUUUUUUUUGUUUUUUUUUUUAAAUUUAUUUAUUUAUUAUUUUGGCUGCGUUGGGUCCUCGUUGCUGUGCGUGGGCUUUCUCUAGUUGCGGCGAGCGGGGGCUACUCCUCGUUGCAGUGCACGGGCUUCUCUUGUUGCCGAGCACAGGCUCUAGAGCGCGCGGGCCUCAGCAGAUGCGGCGCAUGGGCUCAGUAGUUGUGGCUCGCAGGGUCUAGGGGCAUGGGUUUAGUUGCUCCGCGGCAUGUGGGAUCCUCCCGGACCAGGGAUUGAACCCGCGUCCCCCGCAUUGGCAGGCGGACUCCUAACCACUGCGCCACCAGGGAAGCCCCGAGCUAAGGUUUUUAAAAUUUUGGUUUAGUUCUAAAUAUCAUCUGAUAUCUCUGUUAGAUCUAUUUUAACUCACAGUGUCACGUUACUUUUUAAGCCUGUCAAGAUGCUACUUCAUUUGAAUUUCACCCAAACUCUCUCCUUCCCCCAAAUCCUAUAAUAUCCAUGUGUCUUCCUUGGUUUGGUGGGACACCCCGAGGUUCCUCACGUAUGUGGUCUACCUGGUUGCAACAAGCUGGUAAACCUGACUUUGUCAGACUAUAGGUUUUGUCCCUGGUGGUCUUUGGCUGAUUGUGUUGGGACAGUAACCUGUACUCGUAAAUACUACAGGUCUCUCAUCUUGUAAAAUGUUUCUAAAAUAUCCUUCUAAAAUGUCUUCUAAAAUAUUUUCCUAUCCAUUAUUGGUUUUUAUAUGUGGUGUCAGGAGGGGCCCAAUUUAAUUUUUCCCCUACAGAACUGAUUUUCCUAGAACUCUAAUCAGAAAGCCAGGUCCCAUAAGUUGUUUGUGUGUGUGUUUUUGUGUUUCUGGGCCUUCCAUGCAGUUCUGGUCAGGUUAUUAGUCCUGCAUCAAUAUAGCACCAUCUUUAAUAACGUUAUGCCUAAUUUUUUUAAUAUCUGAGAGGCAGGUUCCUACAACUUGUUCUUCUUCAAGAGUGGCAUGUCUCUUCUGUGCCUUUUAUGUCUCCGUAUAAGCUUGGAGAAUUUCACAAAAAAUCACAUUGGUAUCAUGCCUGGAAUUGCAUUGAAUCAGUACUGGUGGAAUCAACAUCUUUAUGUUAUUAAAUCUUUCAGGCCAUGAACUCAGUAUCUGCAUUUAUUGAGGCAUUCUUUAGUAUCUUUUAGUAAAGUUUUAUAUAUUUUCCUAUGAAGGUCUGGCACAUUUAGUGUCAGAUGUCUUCCUAGGCACUUCAUAUUUUAUCACAUUUUAUCAUUCUAAAUGCUAAUAUAUUAAAAAUGUAAUUUUUCUUUGUAAACAUAUAUUCUUAAUGUUUUUGAAUGCUAGAGAUAAAUGUUUAUUAAGAAUUCUACUAAAUUUUGUUCAACAUUUCCGAAUAGACUUGUAAACAUAGUACUUUCCUUUUCAACGGGCAGUACUUUGAAAAGCCAAAAUACAGUAAGAGAACACAAUGUGAAUCAACGUUAGUUCAAAAUCUUUACAUCUUUAACCACGUAAUUUAUGUUCAAAGUCAGUAGAUGAACUCCAGGAAAUGGAAGUGUGUGCUGAUUGAUGAAUCACAGUAUUUUAUAGUUAAAUAUCUUUGUUCUUUUUAUAUACCCUAUUUCCAUGAACAAAAAAGAAAUCUUUAAAUACAGUUUUCAUGUAGGCAAUCGUUUCUUUGAAUCUCUCUUAAAAACGAUGUUUAAUUUUAUAAUUCUGUCUCAUAACUUACUUUCCACGUAAAAUGCACCAUUUGAAAUGUAUAGGUUGGUGAGCUUUGACCAGUGUAUACACCCCUAUAAUCACUACCCCAAUCAGGAUAUAAAAUAUUUCCAUCACCCCAGAAAGCAUAACAUACUGAUUUUGCCCAACAUUAACAAAGCUGUAAACUGUGGAAAUGGAAAUGCUUUUGUCUUCCAGAAUAGAAGCAGCAAUUUGACAGGAGAAAAGAAGGUGGUGGGGUGAGGGGAUUCCCUGGCAGUCCAGUGGUUAGGACUCCUAGCUUCCACUGCAGGGGGCCCAGGUUCCAUCCCUGGUCUGGGAACUAAGAUCCUGCAAGCCGCCUAGCGGCCAAAAAACAAAACAAAACAAAACAAAACCAACCUGACAUUAAGCCUGGGCAGUUUAACCCUAGCAAACAGCCUAGUAGGCAUGUAAGCUGUUUUCCCUCUUCACGCAUGCCCACAUCACAUGAUCUGGUAGGUCAGUUUCCUUCCCAGUGCUCCAAUCAAGAGCUUUGUACAGAACUCUAAACACCUUAAAGCAGUUGCAUUGGGGGUUAAUUUGCAGGGCAGAUUUACUGUUCUAGGUCAGGUCAGCCUGAUAUACUUUUCUUAGCCCUCCAAAACAGUAGUUUAACUCUGUAUUUUGUGCAGAUUUUUAAACUUAAUAUUUAAGACAGGGGUCUGCAAGCUUUUUCGAUAAACGGAGAGAUAGUAAGUAUUUUAGGCUUGGUGGGCCAGAUGGUCUCUGUUGCAACUACUCAGCUCUGCCGUGUGGCACAAAAGUGGCCACAGAAAAUACAUAAAUAAAUGGGUGUGGGUGUACACCAACAUAAUUGUAUUUACAGAAACAGAAGACACGCUGGCCGAUCCUUCUUUUAAGGCAAAGAGUUUCCAUUAAGAAAGUGGAGAGGGACUUCCCUGGUGGCGCAGUGAUUAAAACUCUGUGCUCCCAAUUCAGGGGGCCCAGGUUCGAUCCCACGUGCAUGCCGCAACUAAGAGUUCACAUGCCACAACUAAGGAGCCCAUGUGCUGCAACUAAGGAGUUGGCAAGGCACAACUAAGACCCAGCACAACUGAAUAAAUAAAUAAAUAAGUGGAGAAAGGAGGCUCAUGUUUUCCAAAAGCACUUCACCUUAUUGGCUUUUUUUUUUUUUUUUUUUUUAAACACAUGUACAACUUUGAAGUAUGGACACUGGAUCCUCAAUAUUUAAAAAAUCUGGAAUUCCUUGGCCGUCCAGUUGUUAGGACUUGGUGCUCUCACUGCAGGGGCCUUGGUUGGGGAACUAAGAUCCCACAAGCUGCAGCAGCACAGCCAAAAGGAAAAAAAAAUCUAAAAAAUAAUAAUUCCUAUUGACAAACAUGGAUCUUGAGGGAAAAGGGGAACCAGGGAAAUGCAGCUUCCAAAAUUCAGGAAACAUACAUUGCUGCUGGGAACGUAAAAUGAUGUGGUCAUAAUGAAAAACCAUUUGACCCCAAGAGAAAUAAAAAGAUAUGUCCACACAAAGAGUUGCACACAAAUGUUCAUAACAUGUUUCAUAAUAGCCAAAAAGGGAAACCCCAAAAGUUUCCCUUUUGGGAACUGGAGAAUGGAUAAACAAAAUGUAGUUAUCCAUACAGUGAAAUAUUAUUUGGUGAUAAAAAGAAAUGAAGUCCUGAUACACGCUGCAACAUGGAUGAACCUUGCAAAACAUGAUGCUCAGUGAAUGCAACCAGUCACAAAGGACCACAGACCGUAUGAUCCCAUUUGUGACAUAUGCAGAAUAGGCAAAGCCAUAGAAACAGAAAGUAGGUUAUUUCUGGUGGGGGAACCCGAUUAACUAAGCAGGCAUAAGGGAUCUUAUUGGGUUGAUGGAAAUGUUCUACAACCGGUUCAUGUUGAUACUUGCACAACGCUAUACGUCAACUAAAAAUCAUUUGAACUGUACAUUUCAAAUGGGUGAGUUUUACGGUAUGUAAGUUAUAUCUCACUAAAGCUGUUAUAAAAGGUGCUUCCAUUAUGCAUUCUUUUUGAUACAUCUAGCCACAGUCUCCAUUGUGGCAGGAUAUACCCAUAAUACUCAGUUUUGAAGUCAUCCUUGGAAUUGUGGCGUUCCUCAUAGAUGCCAGUCUCAGUCUGUUUUCUCAAAAGCUAGCAUCCAGUUAAUGAAUCCUUUUUGGACUGAAUGAUCUAAAGAGCGUAACACUUUAACUCAUUUAUCGGGGGUUCAGGUGGGGUAUUUAUUUAUCUCGGCAAUGUCAUCUUCUCUUUCAGGGCCUUCCUCUUUUCACUCCGUAGUUUCCAUGCUGCACUUUUUAAUUUGGUUCUUUUCCUUGUGUUCUUUAGAAGUCUGUUUGGACAUUUUGUGAGACGUGGAAUGGUUUCCUUUCCUAGGCUCUGAAUACUUUAAACUAUAUCAGGGUAUAAGGUUUCUGGAGAAGGCCUAGAGGUAUAUGUCUCUUGCUGGUCCUCAUAGAGAAUUUUCUUUGUGUGUUGAGUUUGACUGUAGCAAAGUUACUACACUUCUAUCUAAUAACUGAUGCAUAGAUCUUUUGUGGAUUUCUAUAGAUAAUCAUAUCUAUAAAUACAGACAGAUUUCCUUUGCUCCUUUUUAAUCCUUACAACUUUCUUAAGCUUUUAUUGCCUGUCUCUGGCUGGGGCUUGAACCAUUAUGACUAGGAGUGGUCUUAUGCAUCCGUGUCUUUUUCCUGAUCUUAAAGGGCAUUCUUUUCCUAUUUUAUCUUUUAAGUGUGGUGUCUGCUGUAAC